AGAGUUGAAGCCCCAGACCCUGAAUGUGAAUCAUCAAGACAGUAUCUUCGGCAACGCUUUCGGGUCAAGGUCGUACUACGUGGUACAUCCUGAGUGGAUCUCAGAAGCCAGCUCCAACCCUCAGCCCGACCCUCUGCACAGGCCGCCCUGGCCCUGGGAGCAGCCCCGCUACAGGGUCAACAUGCAGGUCCCCAUCACGUACAAAAGCCCGGACGAAGGAGUACCUGUUGUAGAUGAGAAGAAGGAGUUAGAGAAAGAGGAAGACCGAUUCUGCCAGGAAGAGUUGCCUCCCAUUUCUUACCAGCUCAGUCAAAUGUACAAAUCCACCCACCCCGAGUAUGUACUUCGGUUCUAGUCAAACGCGUGCGGUUCAGAUAAUUUUUGCAAGUCAUUGAAUCGAGUGACACAAGAAGAAGCAUUAAUCGAAUCUGUUUUGUUGAGGUUAUUCUGCGCCUUCAGAUUACAUUAUGUGAAAACACACAAAAAUCUGUUUGAUGGGAACAGUCAACAUUUCUCACCACAGAGAGAUCGAUUUUUUCUGAUCACUGUUCCGUUAACGAUUGAUUGAUUGAUACAACGUACAAAUACCCCUACCCCCCCUUUUAAUAUAAUUUUAAAAAAACUGGAAGAUGUACAUUUACGAUAACUAAGUCAUCUUAAUAAAUCUUGUUAGAGUGAGAGUUUCCAAACACACAUCCAACGUCAGUGUUUUCAUGAACACAUCUAUAAGUAAAACUAAAAUAUAAUAAUAAUAUGUAUAGUGAUAUAGUAGUUUACAUGUUUUAUUUAUCAUCCUAAUUUGACACGUAGCUUUGGUAGUCUUGUAGCAUUAUCAUGUGACCGACUUUCAUGUUGACCCGACACCUUAGAUUAGAUAGCUUAGCCCGACACACUUUCCCCUUGAACUUGACACAGAAAACAAGACAUUGCGUUUCGUUCGUUUUGUUUUAUAGUUUAAGUAGCGUUUUACGGCACUUGCAAAACAUAUAGGUCAUAUCUUAACCGAAAAUUAGAUGUGUGACUAGAUAGAA